AUGGAUAUUUCUAAAUUCCUUGCAGAUGACUUUGAUCCGAAAAGUUGGAUUAAUGAAACACUCUCAUCAUCAGUGUCAGUCGGAAAUACAAUAACUUCAUCAUCAUCGGAACCAGUAGUACUCUCGGGAGGCACCUCUUUAACACCUCCAUUGGGAAUGGGCGGUUCAUCACCCAUGAUGAUGACAAUGGAUAUGAGUUAUCAAGUAAAUCAAGUCAUGCUGAAAUUACAAGUUUUAUUCUCGGAUUUAGGAUCGUAUAUGGAACAGGAAGUAAAGACAUCCAUUCAGAAAAUUCCAAAUGCCCUGUUUGAAAUUGAAAAGAUGCAAGAUCAAACCAUUAAUUUAUUUGUUUCUGUAACGAGUCUUUAUAAGAAGAUUGAAAAAAUUGAUUCGGAAUGCUAUGAAGGAAACAAACAUUUUGAAACAUUGAAACAAUUGGUACACCUCAAGAUGGCUCUCUCUUCUAUAUUGUUAACGUUGGAACAAUCCAAAUCACUGACAAAGUCCAUGCAGCAAUUGGAUUUAUUAUUCCGAGAUCGUGCCGCAUCGACACUUCAUCCAGGACAUUCGAAUAUUUCACUCUCUCCGAACAAUGUGUCCACAUCAUCAUCGGGAGCCAAAUCUCCAAUAUCCACCACUCAAAGUCCAAACUUGAACCAAGUCUUUGCGGGAGAAGCAUCGUCGCACAACAAGAUGUAUCAAUGGAAACUUUGA